CACAGGCACUGAGCACCGGGGCUCCGCGGUGCGGCUCUGCGGGUGUAAACAGACCGGACUGGGAUCGCAGUGUCCGCGCCCACCCGGCGCGGCCAGGCAAUUUCAUGCCCCACGAUGGGACAUAAGGUGGUCGUGUUCGACAUUUCUGUCGUCAGAGCCUUGUGGGAAACUCGUGUCAAGAAGCACAAAGCCUGGCAGAAGAAGGAGGCGGAGAGGCUGGAGAGGAGUGCCUUGGAGAAGAUAAAGGAGGAGUGGAACUUUGUGUAUGAGUGCAGGAAGAAAGGCAUCCCCCAAGCCCAGUACUGCAAGAAUGGCGUCAUUGACACCAGCGUAAGGCUUCUGGACAAGAUCGAGAGGAACUCUCGUGAGAGGCAGAGUGCACUUGCCAAGGACAGAGGCAAACCGAGCAGUCCGUUUGUGUUUGAGCUUUCAGGCGAGCACUGGAAGGAGCUGCCUGAUUCCUUGAAGGAGCAGACACACCUCAAAGAAUGGCACAUACACAACACCCUAAUUCAAAUCAUUCCUGCCUACAUCCAGCUGUUUCAAGCCAUGAGAAUUCUGGAUCUGCCAAAGAACCAAAUCACUCACCUUCCAGCUGAAAUUGGCUGUUUGAAGAACCUGAAAGAACUCAAUGUGAGUUUCAAUCAUCUGAAGAGCAUUCCUCCAGAACUGGGAGACUGUGAAAAUCUAGAGAGACUGGAUUGUUCUGGAAAUCUGGAAUUGAUGGAGCUCCCCUUUGAAUUAAGUAAUUUGAAGCAAGUUACAUUUGUCGAUAUCUCAGCAAACAAAUUUUCCAGUGUCCCGAUCUGUGUCCUGCGGAUGUGUAAUUUGCAGUGGUUGGAUAUCAGCAACAAUAGCCUGAAUGACCUGCCCCAAGAUAUAGACAGGCUGGAAGAACUGCAGAGCUUCCUCUUGUAUAAAAACAGACUGACCUACCUUCCUUAUGCUCUACUUAACCUCAAGAAGCUCACCUUGCUGGUUGUCAGUGGGGACCAUUUGGUGGAGAUCCCAACUGCCCUCUGUGACUCCUCAACACCUUUAAAGUGAGUAGACCAGAGACCUCCCUCAGAAACAGGUAGGGAGGCAGCAGGCUCUGGAGCCCAGGAGAUGUUACCUACUUGCUGCAGGAGCUUGAAGGCUUUGGGCAAAUGGCACAAGGAGGAAGAGCUCAGAGGAUGUCCAAAGAAAUGCUCCUGGGUGGGGAAGGCACAGGAGGACAGACGCUGGGACCCCUGAUUUGUCACUCAGCAUUUACCUCAUGGCCCCUGGACGGGCCAGCCAUUGUUCAAGUCACCUUUUGAUUUCCUUAAAUGAACCCAAAAACCACCCAAAACUGAGAAAAAACAUCCAUGUAAAGGUGAUGCAAUGCUCCAAUUUGGGGUGAGAAAUGGGAUAGUCCUUCUUACCUCCCAAGUGGAGUUGAAAAGCCCCAGCUCUGCCCUUCCUUAAAAUGACAUCAAGGCAGCUGAUGACUCCCUGGUAGCACAGCCUGCCAGAAUUUGGAGCUUUGGGGUUUCCCCAUCACCUCUAGCUUGAAAUCCUUUUGGUCCAUCCUCAGCAGGCUGGAGCCCCUCAGGAACUUUCACACCAGGAUGCUCUAGAGACAACCACUUUCUCUCUGUGUCCACAAACUCAUGUGCCUGCCACACCAAGGACUCCCAUCUCUCUUUCUUUCUCUCUCUUUGUGGAACUGGGGUUUGAACUCAGGGCUUCACACUUGCAAAGCAGGUGCUCUAUAGCUUGAGCCAUGCCUCCAGUUUGACUCCCAGCUCUCUUGCUGGUAAAUUCUCACUAUCCCCACAGAGUUAAACCUUCCUCAUCUCCCAGUCUGUGCAAUAAGAGAUGUGGCUGAGAAAUACAGAUGUUCAUCUACUGCAAAGAGAAAGUCUGUAUAAGCAUGAGGUCAAAAAGGGGUUAGACAUUUCCUCCCUGCCCUGUCCUGCUCUUUCCACUGGAAUGGGGCUUUUGCUCUCCUUGGCUGUGUUAGGAGUGGUGUUAGGGUAAGAAGAGGCCUGCUGAUGACAGGGCAGCAGGACCCUUCUGCAUUUAGGCAACCAGGAGAGUAUUGGCAUUGUUGCAUCUGAGAUCAGUAAAACCAUCACCUAAAUUAAGGAAUUUCAAAUGAUGUAAUUGUAGAUUUGGCAGGCUAAGAGAAGCAGGUGAAAACUCCGAAUGAAUGAAAAUCCAAUAAAGACUAGGUAUAAGUUUGCAUAAAAUGAUUAAUAGUUAGCCAGGCACUGGUGGCUCAUGCCUGUAAUCUAAGCUACUCAGGAGGCAGAAAUCAGGAGGAUCAUGGUUUGAAGCCAGC